AUGAGAGCAAAGUUGGAGGUCUUAGCCCUGGUCCUGGGCUUCAUUGGCCUGGUGGGGACAAUAGCUGCCACUGCCAUGCCCAUGUGGAGAGUCUCUGCCUUCAUCGGUGCCAAUCUCAUUGUAAUGGAGGAACUGUGGGAGGGCUUGUGGAUGGACUGCUACAGACAGAUUAACAUCAGGCUGCAGUGCAAGGUGUAUGACUCAUUGCUAAUUCUCCCACCAGAGCUGGAGGCAGCCAGGGGGCUCAUGUGCAUCUCCAUAUUUCUGGUCCUCACCUCCUUGUUCAUUACAGUGUGUGGGACCCAGAAGAGCAACUGGUGUGGUGACAACAUAAAAACCAAGAACAUCACCCUGGCCAUUGGGGGGAGUUUGUUUUUGCUGUCCUCUGUGGCCACAGUCAUCCCUGUCAGCUGGGUGGGCCAUACUGUUAUCAGUAACUUCUAUAACCCACUGGUGGUGGAUGCUCAGAAACGGGAACUGGGGACGGCCCUCUUCAUUGGCUGGGCCACUGCUGGUAUUUUACUGACCACUGGGAUCAUCCUUCUGUACAGCUACUGCAAACGUACAUCGAAGGAGGAAGAGCCCUAUACUGACAUUCAUCUUAUGGAGGAAAAGGAUGUACAGAAAGACGGCAGCGUUGACUUGAACAGGACACUGUCCAGCUUUCACAAGUUUCAAGAAUAUGUGUAA